AUGGCGGAAGGCGGAGGCUCCGGGGAGCGACCAGACGCGGAGACCCAGAAGUCCGAGCUCGGGGCCUUGAUGAAGACCACGCUCCAGCGGGGGGCGCAGUGGUAUCUGAUUGACAACCGGUGGUUCAAACAGUGGAAGAAGUACGUGGGCUUCGACAGCUGGGACGUGUACAACGUGGGCGAGCACAACAUGUUUCCUGGCCCCAUCGACAACUCCGGACUCUUCUCAGAUCUUGAGAAUCAGACCCUGAAAGAACAUUUAAUCGAUGAGUUAGACUACGUAUUGGUCCCAACUGAGGCCUGGAAUAAGCUGAUAGACUGGUAUGGCUGCAUCGAAGGCCAGCAGCCCAUCGCCAGGAAAGUCGUGGAGUACGGCCUGUUUGUCAAGCACUGCAAGGUGGAGGUGUACCUGCUGGAGCUGAAGCUGUGCGAGCACAGCGACCCCAACAAUGUGCUGAGCUGCCAUUUCAGCAAGGCAGACACCAUCGCCACCAUCGAGAAGGAGAUGCGGAAGCUGUUCGACAUCCCCGCGGAGCGGGAGACGCGGCUGUGGAACAAGUACAUGAGCAACACCUACGAGCAGCUGAGCAAGCUCGACAACACCGUCCAGGACGCGGGGCUGUACCAGGGGCAGGUGCUAGUCAUUGAGUCCCAAAAUGAGGAUGGCACGUGGCCGAGGCAGACCCUGCAGUCAAAAUCAAGCACUGCGCCUAGCAGAAAUCUCACUGCCUCUCCAAAGUCAUCAGCGAGUCCCUAUUCCUCUGUGUCUGCCUCUCCCAUUGCAAAUGGUGAUAGCACUAACACCUCUGGGAUGCACAGUUCCGGUGUCGGCAGGGGUGGCUCUGGCUUCUCUGCUUCGUAUAAUUGUCAGGAGCCGCCAUCGCCUCAGGUCCAUCCCGGGCUCUGCGGACUCGGAAACCUGGGGAACACCUGCUUCAUGAACUCUGCUUUGCAGUGCCUGAGCAAUACCGCGCCCCUGACGGACUACUUCCUCCAGGAUGAGUACGAGGCCGAGAUCAACAGAGACAACCCCCUGGGGAUGAAGGGCGAGAUCGCAGAGGCCUACGCCGAGCUCAUCAAGCAGAUGUGGUCUGGGAGGGACGCGCACGUGGCGCCUCGCAUGUUCAAGACCCAGGUGGGACGCUUCGCCCCGCAGUUCUCCGGCUACCAGCAGCAGGACUCCCAGGAGCUGCUCGCCUUCCUGCUGGACGGGCUGCACGAAGACCUGAACCGCGUGAAGAAGAAGCCCUACCUGGAGCUGCAGGACGCCAACGGGCGGCCAGACGCGGUGGUCGCGAAGGAGGCCUGGGAGAACCACCGGCUGCGGAACGACUCUGUGAUCGUGGACACCUUCCACGGCCUCUUCAAGUCCACGUUGGUGUGCCCAGAGUGUGCCAAGGUCUCUGUGACCUUUGACCCAUUCUGCUACCUAACUCUCCCGCUGCCCUUGAAGAAAGAUCGCGUCAUGGAGGUCUUCCUGGUUCCCGCCGACCCUCGCUGCAGGCCUGCGCAGUACCGUGUGACCGUGCCGCUGAUGGGCGCUGUGUCGGACCUGUGCGAGGCGCUGUCCAGGCUGUCGGGCGUGGCUGCGGAAAACAUGGUGGUCACAGACGUGUACAAUCACCGGUUCCACAAGAUCUUCCAGAUGGACGAAGGGCUGAACCACAUCAUGCCCCGGGACGACAUCUUUGUGUACGAAGUCUGCAGCACCUGCGCGGAUGGCUCCGAGUGCGUCACGCUCCCCGUCUACUUCCGGGAGAGGAAGUCCCGGCCGUCGAGCCCGUCCUCCGGGGCAGUGCUGUAUGGGCAGCCGCUGCUGGUGUCCGUCCCCAAGCACACGCUGACCCUCGAGUCUCUGUACCAGGCUGUGUGCGAGCGGAUCAGCCGCUACAUAAAACAGCCGCUGCCCCAGGAGGCGGGUGGCCCGCCCCCCGAGCCCGGGGCCUGCAACGGCUCCCGAGGCCGCUGUGAAGGAGAGGACGAGGAGGAGAUGGAGCAGGAGAUGGAGCACCUGGAGGAGGGCAGAGAGCAGCUCUCGGAGCCCGAGGGCGGCUGGGAGGACGAGCCGGGAGGCGACCAGGGGGAGAUGGCCCAGAGGAAGAGCGCGGGCCGGCCCCGCCCCAAAAGGCUCUUCACCUUCAGCCUCGUGAACUCCUACGGGACGGCCGACAUCAACGCACUUGCGACCGACGGGAAGCUGCUGAAACUCAGCUCUCGGUCCACCCUGGCCAUCGACUGGGAACCCGAGACGCGGAGCCUGUAUUACGAUGAGCAGGAGUCCGAGGCCUUCGAGAAGCACGUGAGCAUGCUGCAGCCGCAGAAGAAGAAGAAGACGGCCAUGGCCCUGCGGGACUGCAUCGAGCUCUUCACCACCAUGGAGACGCUCGGGGAGCACGACCCCUGGUACUGUCCCAACUGCAAGAGGCAUCAGCAGGCCACCAAGAAGUUUGACCUGUGGUCCUUGCCCAAGAUCCUGGUGGUGCACCUCAAGCGUUUCUCCUACAGCCGGUACUGGAGGGACAAGCUGGACACGGUCGUGGAGUUCCCGGUCAGAGGUCUGAACAUGUCCGAGUUUGUCUGUGACCCGUCAGCAAGGCCUUAUGUGUACGACCUCAUUGCCGUGUCCAAUCAUUACGGAGCCAUGGGGGUUGGCCACUACACCGCGUACGCGAAGAACAAGCUCAACGGGAAGUGGUACUACUUCGACGACAGUAACGUGUCGCUGGCCUCCGAGGACCAGAUCGUGACAAAAGCGGCUUAUGUGCUGUUCUACCAACGCCGAGACGGCGAGUGCCACACGACGCCCCCCCUCGCCGGCCUUCCCGGCUCCUCGGACGGUGGGGUGCCCCCCAGCGGCUCCCAGCAGGGCCUGCGGGAGGAGGCGGCCUGCAGCAUGGACACCAACUGA